AUGUCUGCCCACGAUGCCUGUGAAGUAUGCUACCCAUUUUGGUCUCAGAUCGACCAAGUCAGUCGGUCUAGUAUGGCGAAGUUUGAUCACGAGUGGACAUCUCGGCAUCACACGACCAAGCCCUCCAGGACGCCGGGGCAGCCCCUUGAUGAUUUCACCGGCCUUGUAACGCUAUGUGCCAUCAUCAACAUCGGUCAAGAAUCGGGUGUAGAAUUUACUGGUAUGGAACUGUUGAUAUCUGUGACUUUCGAGUCGGAUUACCGGGAUGAAAUCCCAACGCUGGAGGACAUAUCUGGGACAUACGAGGUGUUGAGAGGCCCCGAAAGAGAAAUGGAGAAAAUGACACCAUUUUCCAGCAAGAGCACAGCCUCUGAGGAAUCGUGGAGUAAAGCCGCGAAUUGGAUCCAACAAUGCACCUCCGGUCACCUUGCCUGCAACGCUGAGCAGAACGCUGAGUCAUGGCAUCCCACCCGCCUGCUCGAUCUAGCUUACCCUACCGCGACUUCAGAUGUAUUCCGCAUCGUGGUGACGUCGGAGCUCGGCAUCGACUCAGAUGAGCGAUACACGACGUUAAGUCACUGCUGGGGUUCCGCCCAGUUUCUGCAACUGAAGAGAUCCACGUAUGACGAGUUCCGGAAAGGUAUCAGGCUGGACAAACUGCCAAAGACUUUCCGAGAGGCCAUCCAAGUCACCCGGCGCCUCGGCGUCAGAUUUCUUUGGAUCGAUUCACUCUGCAUCUUACAAGAUCGGGACGAUCUAUCUGACUGGCUGGUCGAGGCGGCGCAGAUGCACAAGGUGUACUCGCAUUCCUUCUGCAACAUAUCUGCUGCAGGAGCCCAUGACAGCUCCAAAGGUCUCUUUUUUGACAGAGAUCCGCGCAUAAGCCAUACAGCUCAUGUUCGGAUGUGUAUCGAAGGACUUGGACUUCCGCCUGGGGGCCGCUACAUGGACUGCAGCAUUUUAAACUUGGGCUUUUGGGGCGAUAAUAUCGGCCAAUGUCCCCUAAACACACGCGGCUGGGUCCUGCAGGAGCGCCUGCUUUCUCCGCGAGUUCUGCACUUCGCCAGGGACCAGCUGUUCUGGGAAUGCAGGGAGCACACGGCCGCUGAGUGUUAUCCAGAGUCGCUUCCCACGUCGUUACGCAACGGCCCCCCCACAAACUUCAAGAAGCUCGACCCAGUCUCGCGGAGCCCACAGCUGGAGGCAUCAGGGGAUACUCUCAACGAUCCCAUGUUUUAUCAUUCCGCCUGGAACUCGGUUGCACGGGCGUAUUCGAAUACCCGCUUGACCGAGAGUUCCGAUAAGCUGAUUGCUUUAUCUGGUGUCGCAAAGUACUUUGCAACCCGGAUCGACGAUGUUUAUGUCGUGGGCAUGUGGCGCAGGUACUUGGCAAGCAGCCUCCUGUGGCAGGUGGAGAAGCAAGCUCAAGUUGAUGGAUCGCCGUCUACGCGGCCAGAUACUUAUCGAGCCCCGUCCUUCUCAUGGGUCUCUGUGGACGGGGCAGUUAUCACUGCGCCGCCAACGGAUAACAAUCUCCUCAUUGAAGUGACAGGUCUUGUGGAACGUGGAUAUAUUGACCUCAGAGGCCAGGUCAGACCCUUUGAGAUGGUUGUCAAGUAUACUCUCAAAUACCAGCAACUAUUCAUGAUGGUUGAUGGCAUCAUAGUCAAAGAUCCCAAGAAGGAAGAUUGGGAAAACGGGCCCCUUGUGCACCUGGAUGUUGGCCAAACAAGCUUCGAUGAUGAGAACGAUAAGAAAACGCUCUUCUACAUACCAGCUCAGAAACAGAAAACGCCCGAGGAUCAUGUGUCGUACCUGCUGCUGGUUGCUCUGGAUACAAGUAGAUCUACGUACAGGAGGAUUGGGGUGGCUGUCACGGCCGAGGCUGCUGAGAUUGAGGUCCUUAAUAGGCCAACGCUACACCGGGAUGACCAUUCGGGGACAGACUCUGAAGCCAACCGCGAUGUUCGGACGAUUAGGAUAGUCUGAUUUGCUUUAUCAACGGCUAGGAUUCGAUCCGGGCACCAGUUUACUUUCCACAUUCUGCUCAUUUCCAUA